GGGUGGUCAAAUCAAUAUGGCCGACUUUCACCGGUUGGUUUGUCUGUUUUGAUAUUUGAUAAAAAUAAUCUUUUCGUGUUACAUAAAACUGUCGUAGACCCGUUGAAUAUAUUUAUUGUGUGCUGUAGAAUCUGUAACUAACUAUGGAAGCGCUUAUACCAGUUAUUAAUAAGUUGCAAGAUGUUUUUAACACUGUCGGAGCCGAUGCCAUCCAAUUACCUCAGAUAGUAGUUUUAGGAACUCAGAGCUCUGGUAAGAGUUCUGUCAUAGAGAGUUUAGUGGGCCGCUCGUUUCUUCCUCGAGGCCCUGGAAUUGUGACUAGGCGGCCUCUAGUUCUCCAACUUGUCUACAGUCCUAAGGAUAGCAAGGAACAUCGCUCGGCUGAAGAAGGAACUGUAAACCUAGAAGAAUGGGGCAAAUUCCUGCACACCAAAGACAAGAUAUACACAGAUUUCGAUCAAAUGCGACAAGAAAUAGAACGAGAAACAGACCGCAUGGCUGGCAGCAACAAGGGCAUCUGCCCCGAGCCUAUAAGCCUCAAGAUUUUCUCAACCAGGGUUGUAAACCUCACUCUAGUUGAUCUCCCUGGUAUUACCAAGGUGCCAAUUGGUGAUCAGCCUGAAGAUAUUGAAAACCAAAUUAGGAAUCUUAUUAUAAAGUACAUUUCAAACCCAAACUCCAUAAUAUUGGCUGUGACUGCUGCUAACACUGAUAUGGCAACCAGUGAAGCUAUUAAAAUGUCCAAAGAGGUUGAUCCAGAUGGUAGGAGGACUUUAGCUGUUGUCACUAAGCUGGAUCUUAUGGAUGCAGGAACUGAUGCCAUAGACAUCCUAUGCGGCCGCGUCAUUCCCGUAAAACUUGGCAUUAUCGGAGUUGUAAACAGAUCGCAGCAAGACAUUAUUGAUAAUAAAUCGAUAGGGGAUGCUCUCAAAGACGAAGCAACAUACCUCCAAAGGAAGUAUCCAACGAUUGCCACACGCAAUGGCACGCCACACUUGGCAAAGACCUUGAACAGACUACUGAUGCACCAUAUUAGGGAUUGUUUGCCUGAAUUAAAGGUUCGCGUCAAUGUAAUGAUCUCACAGUUCCAAUCUCUUCUCAACUCUUAUGGAGAAGAUGUUUCGGAUAAGUCACAGACUCUACUUCAAAUUAUCACCAAGUUCGCUAGCGCAUAUUGCUCUACCAUAGAGGGUACGGCCAGGAAUAUAGAGACUACCGAACUUUGUGGAGGCGCCAGAAUAUGCUACAUUUUCCACGAGACAUUUGGCCGCACCUUAGAUUCCAUACAUCCCCUAGUCGGUUUGACGCGCAUGGACAUUUUGACCGCGAUCCGCAAUGCUACGGGUCCACGGCCAGCUCUGUUUGUCCCUGAAGUCUCGUUUGAGUUGCUUGUGAAACGGCAGAUAAGGAGACUUGAAGACCCAUCACUCCGUUGCGUGGAACUGGUACAUGAGGAGAUGCAGCGUAUAGUGCAGCACUGCGGCACGGAGGUGCAGCAGGAAAUGUUGCGGUUCCCGCGCCUGCAUCAACGCAUCGUCGAUGUCGUCACACAGCUACUGCGCACCCGUCUGCCGGCUACUAACGCUAUGGUGGAAAAUUUGGUGCAAAUUGAACUGGCGUAUAUCAACACUAAGCACCCUGACUUUCACCGCGAAGCUGCCUUGGUGUCUGGUCUCCUGAAGAGUACAGACAGCCUGAUCGAUGAGCACAGCCCCGUUUACCGGCAGAAGACACCACGGCCCACGUCCUCACCGGUAUUCACCAUGUUCAAACUAUUUCUUCGACAAAUGGGUGAAAGAGGGUCCACCCUAGUAUUCUUGGCAAGUGUAUGGGAAUCACACAACAAGCAUGUGCCAGCGAUCACAGAUGGUCAGGAAAACAAGUCUCCGACUCAGAGUAAUAACAGUGAAUCUCCUGCAACUCCACAGAUGAAUGGAACCCCAGAGAAUAAAGUACUGACUCCUCAAAAGCCAGUGAACCUUCUACCAGAAGUGCCGAGCCAGACCUCGCGCAAACUGUCCGACAGGGAACAACAUGAUUGUGACGUCAUCGGUGGGCGGAGCGAUGAGCCAUCAAUCCUAAUUCCUAACUCUGAGACAGUAGACGGCAUCAACGUGAUGCAAUUGAAUCAAAUGGGUGAUUUAGUGGAACGGCUGAUCAAAUCAUACUUCUACAUAGUGCGCAAGUCUAUCCAGGACUCUGUGCCAAAAGCUGUGAUGCAUUUCCUAGUGAAUUAUGUAAAGGAUAACCUGCAGUCUGAGCUUGUUACUCACCUGUACAAGUCUGACCAGGCAGAGAGCAUGCUCAACGAAUCGGAACAUAUUGCGCAGCGGCGGAAGGAGGCCGCUGACAUGCUGAAGGCUCUGCAGCGUGCCGGUCAAAUCAUCAGUGAGAUCCGGGAAACGCAUAUGUGGUGAUGGUCAUCGGAUGACGAAGACUCUAGUCUGUGAAUUAGUGAAUUUGAGCAGUGAGCUCUGUACAUACUCCUUUUAAAGUAGGUAAAUUAUGUGCAUUAGGCUUUUUUACUUACAAUACACAUACAUUUGCUUUUAUCAUUCAACUCUGCCGCUCUCUUUGCUAUGUAUUAGAAGUAUGUAUUUAUUCAUGACAUUAUGUCGCAAACCAAAAAACAUUUUUAAAAUGGCACCGCAAUAAAACUAUAAUUAAGUAUUCAGUCAUUUUGCAAGGUUUGUUGUAGAAAGUACUUAUUGUUGUCAAUUGAUAAUUUUUUAUCAUGUAGGAAGUUCUAUUUGUGUCAUCAUGCAUGAAUUGUUUUAAUAAUUUGAGCUCAAAUGUGUGUGCCUUGUAUCAGACUGCUCAAUGUGAACUUUGUGUGUAUAUUUAUGCUCUCGAAAAUCUUUCGAAUUUAUAGCCAUAAUAACUUUUAUCUGUACACAUUGAGCUUGAAUUUUUAAAACACUUAAAACAUUCGCAACUUUUUGUUUUUUCAUUCGACUUAAGUUUUUGUAAGAAGUAAUGGCGCUUAUAUUAGCUUGAGUUUAGGCUAUUGUGUGGUUCUAUUGUUGAUGUCUUAGCUAACUGGACAAUUAAAUAUACUUUCGAAUAUUUGCUUAAUAAUGCAGUUCGGAUUUAACGUUUCCAUGAUGAUGUAAGUGGUACUUGAUACAUAUGAAUUAUCUUUUUCUAUUUUGGUUACACAAAACUGUGCCAAUACAUUUUAUAUGACGAUGCGUCGAGAUGACUUCUAAGAAUGCGUCUGUUUCGGUCGGACUUGGUUAAACGUUGCACAAAUGUUAAACAUUCACUUCAGUUACCAUUUCACUAUUGUAUGGAUAAUAUGCACAUAAUGUAGGCGUAACUAUGAAAUGUACUCACAUGUAGUUAUUAAUGCAGUGAUAUUACUUGUAAUGUCUAACUAUAUAGACAUUUCCGUAAAAGUUGGCUGUCCUUAGUAGUUUUACUGUACCUUAUAAUGAAAUUGUUUUGCUGGUAAUGAUUGAAUGGUGUGUAGUCAGAUACUAUGAAUCGAUUAGAUGUAUUGUUCUGUCUAUCCCUAUUUACAGGGUUGGUUGGUUAUUUUUAAAGUAGUUGUCUGUGACCAAUACAAGGCUUUUAUCAUUGAUUACAUUGUAAGUUGAUUUAGGGCAAUAUGAUAUAGUAAUAAUAAAUUGCUUUUACAGUAUAUUUUAAAUAUAGUUCCUUGUUCAUUAGUUUUUAAUUUCGCAUGCUGUGUUAUAGAAAUUCAUUCACGUUUUCAAGUCAUUUUGUGUCAUGUCCAUGCUAAAGUAAUUUAUUUGUUUUUAUCAUGAUCUAGCAUAGUGAGUAUUCCAAUGUUACAUGAUGUAUUUAUUGUUAAAGUCCAAAAGUGAUUUGCUUUAUGUAUCAAACGAAACCAAUUGAAUGUUACAUAAAUAAGAUUGUAUUUAAAAGUCUGUUAAAUAUUAAAAUAGAUUAAUUGUCAUGGUCAAAA